AGAGUUUCUUUCUCCCACAUAUGUCACGAGCGCCACCUCGAGUACGCCCAUUAAGCACUAACGCUACUAUAACGUUGCAAGCGGACAACUUGCCGGGUCAAGACUUGGCGUUUACUAAUAGGAUCUACUGCAAUGGCGCCGAUUUCCGCGACCUCCUACAGCGUGGUGGAAUCGAGCGGCCCGAUCAGCUCCCCCAGUGCUUUGUAGAGUUGAAGGGCUUUUGUUUCACGAUGGAAGCGACGCCUCGGAUGGAGCAGGGACGACUCGGGUUGAAUCGUCUUCAGAGAGAAUGUGCAAGAAUAGGUCUUCGGGAGGAAGUGGUGUUGACGUUGCAGCCAGCGAGAAGUAUAUCACCGAUGGCAUCGCUGAAGAUAUCAAUUGAUUUGUACGUUCGAGGAUCGGGGAGAACACUGGAGGUUGAUGCAGAUAAGCUCAUCCCGGAGUUUAUCGACCGUUUUAAGGGGCAAGUUUUCCGACCACAUCAAUGGUUGGCUUUGGACUACCACGGGCAGUUGUUGAAGUUCACGAUUAUGCAAGCUUCGGUGAUGAGGUUGUCGCCGGACCAGGAGGUGUCUGAUAAACUGGGUUUUGUGGCUAAAGAAACGGAAAUUGAAUUUCACAAUGGUGAUUCUGGCACGGUCAGAGUGAGCUCGUCCAAACCGGUCCAACGGCAAAUCUUUGCACCCGAUUUCAACUUUGAGGAUUUGGGUAUUGGUGGUCUAUCGAAAGAGUUUGCGGAUAUUUUUCGUCGUGCGUUUGCAUCGAGAGUUUUCCCUCCACAAGUUGUAAAGAAUCUUGGCAUUACUCAUGUUAGGGGCAUGCUGCUCUAUGGACCGCCAGGAACGGGUAAAACGCUGAUCGCGCGACAAAUUGCGAAAUUCCUCAGAGCUCGCGAGCCUAAGAUUGUUAACGGUCCAGAGAUUCUCGAUAAGUACGUGGGACAAUCUGAGGCGAAGAUUAGAGAGCUGUUCGCUGAUGCUGAAGAGGAGCAGAAGAAGGAAGGGGAUAAUUCUCAACUGCAUAUUAUCAUUUUUGAUGAGAUUGACGCCAUUUGCAGGCAGCGAGGUACGGUUUCGGGUGGUACUGGUGUAAACGACUCGAUUGUGAAUCAACUGUUGGCGAAGAUUGAUGGAGUUGAUUCAUUGGAUAAUAUACUUUUGAUUGGUAUGACUAACCGUUUGGAUAUGAUUGAUGAAGCCUUGUUGAGGCCGGGGCGAUUGGAGGUACAUGUCGAAAUAGGGCUUCCUGAUGAGGACGGCAGGAAAGAAAUUUUCAAUAUUCACACUAAGCAAAUGCGAGAACAUGGGUAUUUGGGGAGAGAUGUUUCGAUUCCUCAUUUGGCAAAUGUGACGCAGAAUUACAGCGGAGCGGAGAUCGCUGGUGUUGUACGAUCGGCUGCUAGUCAAGCAUUUAAUAGAGAGGUCAAUUUGAAUACCAUAUCGACUGGUGAGAUAAAGACUAAGAAUCUCGAGGAAAUCAAAGUCACAGCGGACGACUUCGAGUUGGCCUUGGAUGAGGUUAAACCGGCGUUCGGACAAGACACUGUGGAUUUGGACAGCUGUAUUAAAUACGACAUAGUACCGUUUUGUGCGGAGGUUACUGAGAACAUCAGCGAUAUGGGUGGAUCAUAUCAUUAA